UAUUGAAAAACAGAUGAAGCAACCCACAAAAGAUUUUUGAUCUUUCUAGGCUGACCUCAGUUUAAAUAAAAACAAUGAGCUUGAAAAAUAAAUUGAUGCACGAGGUGCAUGCUGACACUCCUAUGAAGGCAACUUCAAAAGUCUCAAUAGUGGGAGCUGGACAAGUUGGUAUGUCCUGUGCCAUUUCUGUUCUACAGCAGCAUCUUUCUGAUGAACUGGUUCUAGUUGACAGAGUGGCAGAUAAACUGAAGGGAGAGGCUCUGGAUUUGUUACAUGGUAGCCUGUUUCUGAAGUCCAAAAUUUCAGCAGACACAGACUUUCUAGUUACAGAAGAUUCAAAGGUGUGCAUCAUCUGUACUGGCGUACGGCAGGCAGUGGGAGAAGUGAAAAGAAGACAGCUACAGAAAAACAUAGCUACCUUUAAGGAAAUCAUCCCUCAAUUGGUUAAGCACAGUCCAAGUGCUGUUUUACUCGUUGUCACGACUCCAGUGGAUGCAAUGACCUAUGUUGCCUGGAGACUGAGUGGAUUCCCAAAGCACCGUGUGAUUGGCAUGGGUACUGACUUGGACACUGCCAGGUUUCGUUUUUUACUAGGCGCAAAGUUGAAAAUUAAUCCAAUAAGUGUUCAUGCAUACAUCAUCGGUGAACAAGGAGAUGAAAGUGUGGCUGUUUGGAGUAGUGCAAAUGUGGCUGGUGUCAACCUGGAGCAAUUAGACGAAAAACUUGCAAAUGAGCAGGGAGAUCAAAUUCAUAGAAAAGUUAUAGAAAGCGCCCAUGAUGUUAUAAAGCUGAAAGGAUACACGUCUUGGGCCAUUGGUUUAAGUGUGGCUAGUAUUGUGAACGCAAUUUUGAAAAAUAUCAGAUCCAUCCACCUGGUGUCCGUCAAUGCAAAAGAUGAGCACAAUAUCACAAGCGACGUGUUUCUAAGUCUCCCUUGUGUCCUGGGAAUAACAGGAGUAUGUGGAAUCUUAAAGCAGCCACUCAAGGAGAAAGAAGAAUUAAAACUGAAAAACAGUGUGGAAAAUCUUUUGAGGGUCCAGCGAGAAAUUUCAUUGUGA